GACUCACCUUCCUCCACCACACACCCUCACCUUGUCAUUAAGAAAACCAACGAAAAGAUGGCUUUCGGCAAGCUGUACACCUACGAGCAAAACCCCCGCUCCACGGCCAUCCGCGCCGUUGCGAAGGCCAACGAUCUCGACCUCGAGAUCGUUGAGGUUAACACCGAGAAGCCCACUCCCGAAUACCUCAAGCUCAACAAGCUGGGCAAGGUCCCUACCUUCGAGGGCCAGGAUGGUUACACUCUGUACGAGUGCAUGGCUAUCGCCAUCUACAGCACUUCCCAAAAUGAGAAGACCACCCUCCUGGGCAAGACCAAGCAGGAUUACGCCUCCAUCCUGAAGUGGAUGAGCUACUUCAACACCGAGGUCCUCCCCGCCCUGGGCAAGUGGUACCGUCCUCUUCUCGGACGAGACCCCUACAACAAGAAGAACGUCGACGACGCCUCCAAGUCCGCCGCGAAGGCUCUUGCCACUGUUGAGGAGCACCUCCAGCACAACACCUUCCUGGUUGGCGAGCGUAUCACCCUGGCCGACCUGUUCGCUACCGGCAUCAUUGCCCGUGGCUUCGAGUUCUUCUUUGACAAGCAGUGGCGUCAGGAGCACCCCAACGUCUCUCGGUGGUACUCGACUGUCUACAACCAGGCCAUCUACUCCGCCGUGGCCCCCAAGUUCGAGCUCCUUGAUACCCCCAAGCUCACCAACGUUGCCCCUAAGAAGCCCGAGCAGCCCAAGAAGGAGACCCCCAAGGCGGCUCCCAAGCCCGCUGCCGAGGAGGAGCCUGCUGAGGCCCCCAAGCCCAAGCACCCUCUCGAGGCUCUGCCCAGGUCUUCCUUUGCUCUUGACGAGUGGAAGCGCUACUACUCCAACCACGAUGAGGCCGACUCCCUGAAGUGGUUCUGGGAGAACGUUCCUUUUACCGACUACUCCAUCUGGAAGUGCAGCUACAAGUACAACGACGAGCUCACCCUGACUUUCAUGUCCAACAACCUGAUCGGUGGCUUCAACAACCGUCUGGAGGGUUCCCGCAAGUACCUCUUCGGCUGUGCCUCCGUGUACGGCGAGAACAACGCCUCCGUCAUCGAGGGCGCCUUCGUCAUCCGUGGUGAUGACUUCAAGCCCGUGUUCGAUGUCGCUCCCGACUACGAGAGCUACGAGUUCGAGAAGCUCGACCCCACCAACCCUGAGCACAAGGCCUACGUCGAGGCUCAGUGGACGUGGGACAAGCCCGUCGUCGUGGACGGCAAGGAGUACAAGCACGCCUCCGGCAAGGUCUUCAAAUAAGCGAAUCGUUUUCUCACGACUUGAUGCCAGGGCAUGUUUUGGUGAAAAGGAAAGAGUUCCACGUCGUUGGUCGUGUCGUGACUGCGAACGCGGGAUAAAUCUACUCUUUGCUUCAUUCGUCACGGGGGGCUAGAGCUUUCGUCCAGCGGUCCUCCUUGUCUUGCAGCCGAGAUAAGUAGAAGCAAUAGCCUGAGGGAUACCAAAUUUUUUGUCCCCC